AUGGAUCAAAACCUGGAUGCAAGAGCUCUUCGAGAGCUCGAGCAGGAGCUACACACGGAGAUUUACCCAGGAACGGAGAUCAUGACAGAUGUUGGCACACACCACUUCGUGAAGGCGGCUGCUGGACAGCAUUCGGUUUUGGUCCCGCAGCCCAGUGACGACCAACAUGACCCGCUGAAUUGGAGUCCCUGGUGGAAAGCAUCUGCUAUGAUCUGCGCAACUCUCGUUUCCUUCUCGCAAGGCUUUGGUCCUUUGGCUCUUGCCCCUAUGUUUGGUGACUACAUCGAAGCAUUCGAUUCGAAUUUGACAGACGUGGUUCAGUUCACUGGUGUUGCCAUUCUCGUGCUCGGCUUCAGCAAUUUCAUUUGGGUGCCUUUACAAACUUGUUUCGGAAGACGACCAGUCCUGAUUGCCUCGACUCUGAUCUGCUUCGGUAGCAGUAUUUGGCGAGCCAAAGCAAAUUCGUACAACAGUUUCAUGGGAGCUUGCGUCCUGAAUGGAAUCGGUGCAGGACCAGCUGAAACUGCUCAGCCUACCAUCAUUGCCGAUAUCAUCUUUCUUCACGAUCGUGGGAAGUACCAAACUCUGUACUUCGCAUUCUACUUUGGCUCGCUUAUGGUCGGUCCGAUCAUCUCAGGUCCAAUGGCACAAAACGUCGGAUGGCGCAAUUUCUGGUGGUUCAAUACUGCGCUUCUGGGUUUCACAACCAUCUGCUGCAUCUUCCUCUUUCCGGAAACGAAAUUCAACCGCUCCUUCAUGCCACAAAAUAGCCUCGUAUCAGGUUCUCCACCACUAAAAGGCUCGACAGAAGAAGUCGAAACUACCCAACAUCCAAUCUCUACCGCGGCCACCGACCACGCAGACCCCGAAAAGACCGCCCCUAUCCAAUCAAAGUCCAACGGCGCAGGAAACAACGGACUCACGCACGUCCACACGCACGACGAUCCCUGGCUAGGCCGGGGCACGCCCUCCAAGCAGCAAUGGAAGCUCUUCCAACCCUACGAAGGCAACUUCCUGAUGGAGCUCCUCCUGCCCUGGAAACUGCUCUUCUUCCCCAUCGUCGACUUCUCCGCCUUCGUGGUGUCCUGGUCCGCGUCCUCGUUCUUGACGCUGAACUUGACGCAGAGUCAGGUUUUUGCUAACCCGCCUUAUAAUUAUAAUUCAACGACGAUUGGGUUCUUUAAUUUUGCUAUCUUGAUUGGGGCCAUGAUUGGGUUGUUUACUGCGGGUCCCCUGAGUGAUGCGAUUGCGGCGAGGUUGACGAAGAGGAAUAAGGGGAUUCGAGAGCCGGAGAUGAGAUUGGUGGCUAUGAUUCCGUACGUGAUACUCAUGAUUAUCGGGAACGUCGUGGUUGCGGUAGGAUAUGAGCAUCAAUGGGAUUGGAAGGUCAUCGUGAUUAUCGGCUAUGCAUGUGCCGGUAUCCAAGUCGCGGCUCUGCCGUCCAUAUCUUCGACCUACAGCAUCGAUUCCUACAAACCGGUCGCUGGCUCGAUCUUCGUGGCGAUCACGGUUAAUAAGAAUGUCUGGGGUUACGGCUUCAGCAAGUUCAUCACGCCGUGGAUCAUCAAGAGCGGGUAUAUCCCGCCGAUCAUGACGAACAUGAGUUUGAUUACCUUGUGGUGCUUGACGGGGAUUAUUUUCUGGUUCUUUGGCAAGACGUUUAGGAAGUGGACCAGGAAUUCGAAGGUUCAUAGUAUGUGA